UGCAGCAAAAGCGAUGUUCGCUUUUAAACCCGUAUUUACGGUCAUUCUUGUAGGCACAUGAACUCUGCACUACAUACACGGAUACUAGUCGUGGAUUGUUUUUAUCAUAUUAAAUGAUAUAAUAUUUAUAAUAUAUGAUGGCUGUAGAUAUUAAAGGACAGUUUAUUGUGACCGUGUGGAGAUUAUGUAACUUUAUAAUGUCGCUGUUCUUCUCUUUAGCUUCUUUUGUACAGAUAAACGACCCAGAUGCCAGUCUGUGGAUGGUUGGAUAUGCAGUUCCAGCGGGUCUGUGCUUUUUAAUCAGCUGCCACCCACAAAUAACAGGGACAUUAGCAUGGAGGAGAGUGGCUGAUUUACACUUGAUGGUGGCCACAGCAUUCGGAUCUAUGCUUGGCUGGACUCUUUAUAAAAACGGGCUUACACACAUCUUCCACCAAGAAGAAGGAAGGGAAUUCAGUGGUCUGUUGCUGACGGUGAUCUGGCUGCUUAUGUGUCGACAUUCUGGACGGAGUGGCGUCGGUGCUGUGAGAGUGUUCACUGCUGUAGGAAUCACUGCAUUUCCCAUCAUCGCCUGGCUUUAUUACUACAUUAAUAAAGAACUAAGAGCUGACUGGCCAUCACACUGCACCACUGCACUGUAGAACAUCCACACUGCAUUACAAUGCUAGACCAAACACUCUUGACCAAACACUGAAGUGGCUGUUUAUCACAAAACUAUGACAUGUUUUGCAUUUGAACAAUGCAGGAACAUUGGAGACAUACAACUGCUAAAUUCUACCCAAUGCACCAUUACAUUUACAUUUACAUUUUCUGCAUUUAGCAGAUGCUUUUAUCCAAAGCGACUUACAGUACUGUGACAGUUUAUACUGUCUAAGCAAUCUGGGGUUAAGGGCCUUGCUUAAGGACCCAACAGUGACAACCUGGCAGUGGUGGGGCUUGAACCAGCGACCUUUUGAUUACUAGUCCAGUACCUUAACCACUAUGCUACAACAUGUUCUUGCUGCUCUGUCAGAAGAGAGAAAAUAAAUGCUUAGCUGGUGAAUAAAUGAAUGUAUAAGCAAUGCUUCUAGAUUCUGGUCCAUCAUUUGGAGGUUAGUGUAUAGUCAAGAGUUCAGCUGGUGAUGUUAAGAAAUGGGCAACUGAGCUUAGUUUCCAUGCAACAUUAUUGAUUAUCAACAUCUUGGUGUCAUUAAAAUCAGUGGAAGGAAGUAAUUCUUUUGAUAAAUACCUAAAUGUAUUUUAAUCAUGGUCUUAAACAGGAGCUUUUAACCCUAUGGUUGCUCCCCAACCUCACCCAGUGCAUUGUGCAUUAAUUAAAUCAAUAUUGCUUGUGGGUUUCCAAAUACUGCGAUGGCAUAAGUCAUUAUAAGUUCCUAAUACACUUUGUAUACAAUAAAGGAAUGAAUAUAUGUUUAAUUACAUAUAAUGUGUAAGAUGCUUCAUUUGUAAUUUAAAAAUGGAAUCAUAUUUUGUAAAACAAUGUUAAUAAAACAUUGCCUGAUUUUUCUAUUUAGGCUGAUUUGA